AUGACAACCAAAGCAAUGAAGAUAUUCUUCCUGCUCGUUCUUCUCCUGGUGGUGUCCCAGGCUGCUGCAGUGUCAGACACUGCGAUGUGUCGGAAGUCCAAGGGCCAGUGUUCGUUCCUGCUUUGUCCCAUGUUUCAGAGAGCCACCAGUACCUGCUACAACGGGCUGGCAAAAUGCUGCAUGCCCUUCUGGUCACCAUCUGCAGCCCGUGGUGGACACUGA